AUGGCGGCUGAAUACAAGCAAGUAUUAUACGACAUACAGAAGCAGAAUGGUAACAGGCUUGGUGGAAACACUGAAUGGCGAGAAUUUUAUGAGGCUUCUCCCGAUUACUAUCCAGAAAUGUCUUUGAAAGAUAAAUAUAAUAGUAGCUUUGCAGCCUCCUACCGUGAAAAGCUAACAGCAUUAUGUGAAGGCAAAAAGUGGACGCCUUCAAGAUCAUCAUCUAGCCGAACCUCGAGUCGUCCUUCUUCAGCCAACAGCAAGCGCUCUUCAGUUCAAUCAACGAGUCACGUAAAUUCCGUAGUUCCCUCUUCUUAUCAGUCAUAUCAGUCUAAUGGAUCGAUCCCAGAUAAUGGUAAUAGUCUAUCAUCUGAUAAGUCACGUAAUGAGGCAUAUUUUGCAAGCCUUGGGCGUACCAAUGAGACUCGUUCGGAAACUCUUCCACCAAGUCAAGGUGGUAGAUAUACUGGUUUUGGCAAUCCUGCGUUUAUAGAUACUCCACCUUCAUCAUCAUCCUCGGUUCCUGACUUAGAAGAAUUGAUGAAUAAUCCAGUUGGCGCUUUGACAAAGGGGUUAAACUUUCUUGGACAUCACGUUGUAGAGGGUGCGAAAUUAGCGGCACAGGGCGCGGAAACCUUGGGACAAACAGUAAACGAGCACGUGAUAAAACCAACAGCCGAAAAAGUUAGGGAUCCAGAAUUCACGCAACAGCUCUCUGAUUAUGUGUCAGGAAUUGGUAAAACGGUAACCGAAACUGCUUCACGCGGGAUGUCAACCAUCUCUAGCAUUUCAUCGACUGCGACAUCAUCUCUCGUUCGAUCGAAUUACGGAACAAUAGCGGACAAUAAUUCCAAUAACUCUGGGUAUUCCUACAAUAACGACAGUGACUUCUUUUCGGACACGAUCAAUCAUUAUCAACAAAGGAAUUCUCCUACAGAUAGUAGGAGUAAUUCUCCCAUGCCGCUCAAUAAUGGUUCUAACACGCGUUCAGCCUCUCCAAAAUCGUUGGGUAAUUCGGCUACACGAAGAAAAAAUGGAAAGUCUGACUUAAAAAAAGAUGAUGGAUGGGAGGAUGAAUGGAAAAGCUGGUAG